UAAUGGAGAUGGCGAGAACAAAAGUACAUCGCAAGAAAAGGCAAGUGGCAAUUCUCAUUAUAUGGGUGCUUUUGUGGGAAGCCGGUUCAGAAUCGAUUCAAUAUUCUGUACUGGAGGAGUCAGAAACUGGCACGUUUGUGGCCAAUUUGACAAAGGACCUGGGACUCAGGAGAGGAGAACUGGCUGCGCGGGGUGCCCAGGUUGUUUUCAAGGGGAACAGACAGCAUUUGCAACUUGACCCAAAGACCUAUGAUUUACUGCUAAAUGAGAAACUGGACCGGGAAGAGCUGUGCGGCUCCACUGAGCCAUGCGUGCUACCUUUUCAAGUGUUACUGGAAAAUCCCUUGCAGUUUUUUCAGGCUGCUUUACGAGUCAGAGAUAUAAAUGACCACGCCCCAGAGUUCCCAGCCAGAGAAAUGCUACUAAAAAUAUCAGAAAUUACUACACCAGGAAAGCUAUUUCCUUUGAAAAUGGCACAGGAUUUAGAUGCUGGUAACAACAGUCUUCAGAGCUACAUAAUCAGCUCCAAUCCUCAUUUUCACGUUCUCACUCGCAAUCGCAGCGAUGGCAGGAAGUUCCCGGAGCUGGUGCUGGACAAAGCCUUGGACCGCGAGGAGCAGCGGGAGCUAAGGCUUACCCUCACAGCGGUGGAUGGUGGGUCUCCGCCCAGGUCUGGGACCACGGAGAUUCGGAUCCUGGUCUUGGACAUCAAUGACAAUGCUCCCGAAUUUGCUCAGGAACUCUAUGAGGCACAAAUUCCUGAAAACAAUUCCCUGGGCUCCCUGAUUAUCACCGUCUCAGCGACAGAUUUAGAUGCAGGAUCCUUUGGGGAGGUAUCUUAUGCCCUAUUUCAGGGAGAUGACAUUAACCAACCCUUCGAAAUAAACGUAAUUACAGGAGAAAUUCGACUGAGAAAGACUUUGGAUUUUGAGGAAUUUCAAUCAUAUCACGUGGAUAUUGAGGCUACAGAUGGCGGGGGACUAUCAGGAAAAUGCUCUUUAAUCAUCAAGGUUCUGGACGUAAAUGACAACACUCCUCAACUGACCAUGUCCUCACUCAUCAGUCCCUUCCCUGAAAACCUGCCAGAGGUCAUAGUAGCAGUUUUCAGUGUGUCAGAUGCAGAUUCUGGACAAAAUCAACAGGUUAUUUGUUCUAUAGAUGAAAAUCUCCCCUUUCUUCUAAGACCAUCAGUCGAGAAUUUCUACACCUUGGUAACUGAAGGAGCGCUGGAUAGAGAGAGCCAGGCCGAGUACAACAUCACCAUCACC